GUACUAUUACUCUAGUACUCUGUGAUUAUUGAAAUUUUUAUUACUAGUUAUACUACCAUUAUUUGCGUUAAAACAUUAUUAUUUUAUUUUCAAAUAAUAAGUUAAUACAGACAAAUAAUAAAGUUAAUUACUUAAAUGGGGGAUGAAAAAACAUCUGAAGAAUUAUCUGUUGGACCUGAAAAUGUUAAACAAGAUUGUGAUCAGAAAGAUAAUGGCGAAACUGGAAAAACAGACAAAGUUAAAAUUGACAUAUUACUAAAAGCAACAGGCAAUGCACCAAUUAUGAAAAAGAAGAAAUGGGCAGUGGAUGCAGAGAAACAGAUAGGAUGGAUCAUGGAGUUUGUUAAGAAAUACUUAAAAUUGGAUCCGGAUGAGAAACUGUUUCUCUAUGUGAAUCAAACAUUUGCGCCAUCACCAGACCAGACAGUGAAAAAUUUGUAUGAAUGUUUCGGGACAGACAAUAAAUUAGUGUUACAUUAUUGUAAAAGUCAGGCGUGGGGCUGACUCGUCUCAUUCCAAUAGGUUAUGUGAUUUUUAUACAGAACAAUAAAGUGUGUAAGUUUUAAAUUGAUUAUUUAAAGAUUUUUGUUUAUAACAAUUUACUAAAUUACAAAAAAAAAAUAGUAAACUGAUUAAAAAAAAAGAUCUUUAUAUACUGUAUAUUUAAUUUUAAAUAAGAAAUAAAUAAUUUCCCUAGUCAUUCUGUAUUGACUAUAAGAUAUAAUAAUAUAUGUGGUUUCAUUAUGAAGACUUACUUAUAGGUUAGUUAUUGCUUUGUUAACUUUUACGAAAUAUAGCUAAGAACUGUUAAUUUUAAACUUUCAUAUUGUUUACACAUAUUUUAAAUACACAAUCGGGACUUAACACAAUGUAUAAUUUUUACAGCUUAAUAGUACCUGCAUACCUGUUUCGUGUCGUGACCACGACGUGGUGCAUUCCACGUCGAAACGUUGGCAAUAAAGAAGCAGGUACAUAGGUACCGUUUACCUGUGAAGAUUUUUCAUUGUGUUAAGACUGUGUAUUCAAAAUAAGAACAGUUAAUCUGUACAAGCUCUGUAUUAGUUGUAUGCAUGUAAUUUAUCAUUAUUUUAUUUAUUGUUUCACAUUAUACAUCUAUGUUUAUCAUAUACAUUUAUUAUACAUAUAUAUCUAUAUCACGCAGCUUACUAUCGACAGGGAGUUCACUUCCCUGGAAGGAAAGAGGAAGGUAUGGGGCCUUAGAGCCUAGAUGAUUGUGUAAAGCGAGGUUUUUGUGAUGUUUUCUUUUAAGAAUUUACACAGGUUAUGAAAUAAGCUCCCUGUCGAGGUUUUUUAAAGAGAUUAAAGCAUGGGUUUUUUUUUUUAAAAAGGGGAUAAAGAGGUUUUGGGGUCGGCAACACGUGCGUAAUGCCCCUGAUAUUGCAGGCGUUCAUUGGCUACGGUAAUCGUUUACCAUCACGUGGGCUUAUCAAUUUAUCUCCUCAUCAUCAGUGGUAUAUAUACUAGCGCCAUCUAGUAAUAACGAUUCCAUUCAAUUUUUUAAAACUACAAUUGGCUUUAAUUAUUUUGUAAUCAUGUGUCAAUAUAAAAUAGCUUUGCAAAUAAAGUACAAGCUUUAUAAAAAUGAUCCUAUGAGAAUAAUAUUUAGCGUUCUGCUAUUGUAAUUAGUUACCUGCCGUUGUAGUACUUUUUAAAGUAAUAAUUAAUAGACUUAUGGUUGACCAGUGGCGUAACAUUAGGGUGAGAGGGCAGCCAAUAUGCCACGAGCCUGAGAGGGCCCUUGGUUCAAAUAGCCGUGAGUACAGGAAGAAUCUAACAAUUAUUGCAUGAUUUUGUAUAAAAAAAAUUGUUAUUAAUUAAUUUAUUACAUGAAUUAUAUAAAUAACUUAUUAAAAUUUCAACAAAGUGUUUUCAAAUAAAUCCAAAAAAUAGACACAUUAAUUAUAAUCAUCAUUUCAGCCGUUAACUGUCCACUGCUGGACAUCCCCAUAGGGGGAGUUGCCAGUAGCUGUCACACUUGGCAGACGGGUUGGCAAACCGCAGUUAGGCUUUUAGAGAUGUUUUAAGAGGGACGCUGCUGUCCAUCACUUGCCCUCCCUUAGUCGACUCACGGCACUCACGGGAUAGGAAGGGGUGAAAAUAGAAUGGUAACCCCGCCUGCGCUAACGGGAUACGCUGAGAAAGGAAGGGGUGGCCUACUCUAUGCCGGGAACACAGACAGGACAGGACGGAAUAGUGUUGGUAAAUAUAAAUAGUAACUUAGGGAUAUACCAAUAUAAUCGUCAUGUCGGCAUAGAGUCCCUCAUAAAACAUCUCUAAAAGCCUAAUUGCGGUUGCCAACCCGCCUGCUUAGCGUGGCAACUACUAGCAAAACUCCCCUUAUGGGGAAGGCUUAUGUCCAGCAGUGGGCAUUUAACGGCUGAAAUAAUAAAAAUAUUAAUAUAAAAUUAAAACAUUAAGCUGUUUAGGUAAAAGCCACAUCCGAUGAGUUCACUACAGACCUCUGACGGUAUAGUUCACGCCACUGCGUCUCUUUAGGGUCUGUAUUAUUAGAACUUUAUAAAUGUACUAUUUGUAUAUAUAACAGGGUAAAACAAUGAUUUGCAAUUUGAACCAUUUUGUAAAUUAAUAUCUGUAAGUAAUAAAUUAUUUUUUAUUUAUAACAUCUUUUAUUUGGUGGAACCAAUUAGAAGAAAUGUCUUUGGGCUUCCAACAGUUUGCUUGCCGUUUCCUUUAGAAAGUAUUAUGGUAGUAAAGUUACUGAGUAUUUUGAAAUCUAGAUGUAUGUAUCAGCCGUUAAUUGACCACUGCAGAAUUUAGCUUAUCCCAUAAGGGGAUUUUGCCAGUAGUUGUCAUCUUUGGCAACCGUAGUUUGGCUUUUCGUGAUGUUUGAAAAAGGACGCUACUGCCCAAUCCUCCACCGUUCCUGAGUACUCAGGUAUUAUUCCUCUGUACUCGGCAAAUUCACUGCUUAAUCCCACCCUUCAAAUCGAAACACAGCCACGCAACAACUGCUUCACGGUAGAAACACGAAUGGGACAGAGGUGCUCAAGCAAAUGACUUUUGUACAAAGUCUCCCUCUGGUAAUCCAUUCUAAUGUGUAACAGUUCUUAGUCCACACAUUCUCAUAAACUUAUUAUGUUUAUGUAUGUAUAUGUACGUAUUUUGUAUGUAAAGAGAUAUUUUAUGUUUAUGUAUAUAUGUAUAUGUAUUAUUGUAUACAGAUAUGUAUUUAUUUUGAUUUUAAUUGUAUGAGUUACUUUGUAUGUAUGUCAACAUAUUUAUUAUUUUUUAAUAGGAACAACUAUAAUGUUUCCUACUAUUAUUGUACGCACACUGCCCGCUGGUAAUUAAUGCUCCUUUCCACUUAGGGUUUGCUGGAAGAGAACUCUUACAGAGUUAUGCUCGCCUGUUGUACGUCUUUAUUUUAUAUAUAUUAUAUGUUGUAAUUGUUUGUGUACAAUAAAGAAUAAAUAAAUAAAUAUGUAAAACAAUUUUAUUUAAUAUUAAAGUCAUUGAUAUAUUAAAUUAUUCAUAAAUACAUGUAUAUUGAA